AUGAUCCCUGUUGGUCCGCCACCACUCCAUGCUGCAAACCUAAGGGUCUCAGACCUUAUCUCUACUUCAGAUCAUACAUGGAAUUGGAGCACCAUUAAGCAAUACUUGCCUAUGUAUGAACCUCAUAUUCGGCGACUGGAGUUGGGCUUUACAAGACAUGUCGACUCCUUGGUGUGGCUGCGAAACAACAAUGGAAUCUACACGACAGGCAGCGGCUAUGGACUUAAAAAUUCAGUCUCCGCCUCUCCACAAUUUCAUAAUUUCAACUGGCAAAUAAAGCUAUGGCGAAUUCGAGCCCAGCCUAAGCUGAAAACUUUUCUAUUGAAGGCAGCAGUGGGGGCUUUAGCCAUCAACGAUCAACUUGCAACACUUGGAAUAGGUAAUACGACUGGGUGUAUCCGUUGUGGUUGCUCUGAAACUAUAGAACACGUUCUCUUCCACUGCUCUUGGGCAAAAUUAGUAUGGGAUCUAGCGCCUUUGUCUCCGAUAGAUUGGAACUCGAUUGACACAAUGUUAGAUUUCUUGAUGGAGUCCUCUCGGGCUAUGGUCCUCCCUCCUAUAGGCAUUACCAAUGCGUCUAUGCCAGCGUAG